GGAGGAAGGGAGGGAGAGAGAGGGAGGAUGCUGCCAGCGGAAAAUGGCUGCUGCAACCUCAAGCCUAUCCUGAUACACCGAAACGACAUCAAGGUGGAGAGAGAGAGCGAGAGCAAGGGAGAGAGGAAGAGAGCGAAAGAUUAGGAAAAUGAGAGCAGAUAGAGAGAGAAUGUGAGUGAGUCUGUGAGUGUUUCCUGAAAGGAGGAUAAAAAGAGAGAGAGAGGAGACCCUGGGGUGGGCUGCUGCAAGCGGCGGGCAACACCGAGCCAUGGAGGGCGAUGUGCGUGUUCGUGCAGUGGUGAUGACACGUGAUGACUCCAGUGGCGGUUGGGUGCCCCUUGGAGGUGGCGGCCUCAGUCAUGUGGUCAUAUGUAAGGGGCGGAGUCAUGACGGCAGGGGGAGGAGAGAAUACAUCAUACGUGGAGAACGGCUGCGAGAUCGAGCACCAGUGUUGGAGUGUGCAGUGCAAAGAGGGUUAGUGUACAACAAGGUGAACCCCAUCUUCCAUCACUGGCGAGUAGAGGAUCGAAAGUUUGGCCUUACGUUCCAGAGUCCUGCCGAUGCCAUCUCUUUUGAGAAAGGGCUGCAGACCGUCAUAGACAAGCUUGACAGAGGCUCUGACUCGCCCUCGUCCUCCACACCAGAGGAAGCAGACACGGAGGAUGACGGACAAGCUUCCCAUACAGGAAGUGAGUCGUCAUCCAACAGCCGAAAGGAGAUGCUUCCCAAACCCAUCACCAUAGUGACAAGCGAGUCGUCUUCUACCUGCUUCGUGCGGCCGGAAGAGUUUAGUUUUGGUUCCAGCCAUGCCGUCACCACUCAGACACCGGCUCAGAUCCACACCAGGCCAGGACAGCACCAGCUCUCACAAAUGACACCUGUGUUGAAUCCCCCAGCGCCCCCGCCCCCACCUCCUGCUCCACCUACUCCUCCUGUGGGUCCCCCGCCCUCAUCUCCUCUGUCACCCCUCUCACCCACCAUUUCUCUGCUGGAGGAGGGUGACCUGCACAGUGUGGACCCUUGCAAAGACCUGUGGGGUUCUCGAGGUUAUGAGGACUACCGACGGGCGGGGGCCACCAGGACUAUGGUCGGGGGGCUGACCGGGGGUGUGGUUGUCAGUGGUGGAGGGAGUCUGCAGGACAAGUCAGAGCUGUGCGUGGUUCGCUUCGAGAAGGAGCUGGCAGGAGUGGGGACGGCAGGCUGUGAAGUGACAGUAAGCCUGGACAGUAAAGCCUCCCAGCGUCUGUCCUCGUCAUCGCCCACCUGUAUGUCCAUGCCCAACGCUGUGUCAGGCAUGUCCUCAGGUGCUGGCUCACCCCAGGAGACGGGCAAAGGCUCGCCCUCUCCCUGCUGCAUCCACACCUCACUGGCCACGCCCCGGUCGCGGACUCGUAAGAGAGGAGGAGGGGCCAGCAGCAGUGGCGACCCCGGGGUUAUCUCCCCCGACGACGAUAGCCCUUGUCCUCAGGCUUCGUCGUCAUGCUCUUCUCGCUGUGUGUACUGCCGCUCUGUUUUCAGCGCUUCGGAGAACGGGCGGGGCCGCUGCAGAGAUGCCCCAGACCCAGCCCUGCACUGCCUGCGCCAGUGGACCUGUGUGUGGUGUGCUGAGAGUCUACUCUACCACUGCAUGUCGGACUCUGAGGGAGAGUUCUGGGAGCCUUGCUCCUGUGAUGACUCGAUGGGGGGCCACCCGCACCCCCUCUGCUGUGCCCGCUGGUUGGCCCUCUUGGCCCUGUCGCUCUUCGUACCCUGCAUGUGCUGCUACGUGCCUUUGCGCGCCUGCCUGCGGUGUGGGGAGAGGUGUGGCUGCUGUGGGGGUAAGCACAAGGCUGUCCGAUGAGGCCAGGCUAGCGGGUGGGAGGGGUUCCCUGGACCGAGGAGGUUUGGGUGUUGAGAGGAGAGAGCACCUGCUGGGACGUACGAGGUGGAGCUUCAGGCGGAACAGUGCUCUCAGUAGACCCAGACCUCUGACGUGGCCCUCCAAAGCCCCAUGGCCUUCCGCUGCAUUCUGCUCUCUCUUUUCAACCUGGGGCCUUCCUCACUGGUCCAUGCCCGUUAAAGGUGCACUGCACUCAGACCAGGCUCUGUUGGAGUCAUCUGAAGCCUUCAUAGUGGAUUUAAUGAGGGUUGGCUGAGAGUUAGCGGUCAGAGACUUUAUCACAGGAAGAGAGUGGUAGAGGCAACGAUGAUGUGUACACUGUUUCAGAUGUCUGUUUGUUUGUUUUUUUAUUUAGAAAGAAAAACACAAAAAGUAAAUAUGUUUAUAUAUAUGAUUGUUAUAAUUUUAAUUGGUAUAUUUUAUUAAAUGUAAAACAUAUUGACAGAAUCCCCCAAUGGCACACACUAUCACGUAUUCACAAACAUGAGACCUUGGGGAAGUUAUUUGUUUAAUGUUGGCCUGUUUAUCAGUCAGAUGAACAGAUGUCACCCUUUACCUCUAAUUUUACCUCAGAUGUUACUCAAACCCUGGGUAAGAAAUGAAAAAAUAGGAGGGGGCGAGCAUGAGUGAGUGCAGUCUCCAAGAAAGCAUGAGCAUCUGAGAACACUGGUGUUGUCUUUUGGUCAAAGGAGUAAACCCCAGUGGAAAAUGCAAAGGAACAAUUAUUGUUAAGGGAAGUUGCAAUGACAAACACAAAGACUUAAAAGUCAUAAUGUGAUUCAUUAUGGUCCUUUGUAACCAAACACAAGGUUAAUUUUGUUUUUUGAAAAAAAAAAAAAAUCAAGAAUGUGUGUCGAACAUUAAACACCCUCACAUAUUUUUCAUCUUUCCAUGUAUUUUCAAUAUUAAUCAUAGAAAACAUCACAUCUCACCACUGUACUUGUUGAAUCAGUCAAGGUGCUUACAACUGAGGCCUCUGAGUGAGUCUAUUCUACCUAAUGUACACAAUGACCGUACAUUCUGAACCCCAAAGAAAAACAAAACAGCACCCCAUGCUAACCAAUCUGUAGAUGUGUCUAGGCCUUUGAAUGAGACGCCACCAAAAAAAAUUAAGUGCAAUGAACAAUGUAAUGAAAGAGUAUUUUUGUACCAGUUGCUACCAGACGUUAGGAAAAACUAAACGGAAAUUGAAAAGUGUUGAAUACUGUAGUGUGUUAUUGUGUUCGAUAUCAAGCAGAAAAGAUAAAUAGGAACACAAACUUGUCUGAGAGCAGCAGCAGGUAGCGCACAGGUGUGACAUUUCAACAUGUGUGCUGUACAUGGACUGUUGACCCUGUGAUAAGAAAAGAGACACAUUAACUUGAAAAAUUAAUGGCAUUAGGUCUUUGUUUGGGCACAGUGGCAGAUGUGUUUGCUGAAUGUUGCUUUAAGUAUGAAGUUAAAAAGCUGCUAUUUUAACUCCUGUCCUAACCCUAUUAAAACUUUCCUGCUGCAUCUUAGCAAUUGAUGAGGUGUGUGGCAGAGUCAAACAAUCCUUCUGCCCAAGGUGCUGAGGAUGCUAGACUGUGGGAGUAAGGUUUUUUGUACAUUUACAGCUGGUCUUGAAGAUAAAUUCACCCCAAGACAUUUUUAAAAAUGCUUCCGGUGAUGUACCUUGCAUUUAUGUGUCUAUUUUGCUGAUUGGUUGUAUAUUUUUCUACAUUCAGUUACUAAGUGGCCAUGGGUAGAUUAAAAGCUAUUUCCAUCACAGCUCCAACAGAUUUUGUUAACAUAAUGUUAAAUCAAAAAAUCUUGGUAUAUCAACAUAAACAAGUUUUUUGUGCAAGUCCCUCAGAAUCGAAGAGCAAGGGCCUUUUGUGCAACCUCCAGGUUACAUCAGUGUAUUAACAAUAAUGCAAGUUAUAUAUAUUAUCAAAGAGGUAGACAAUAGUAACUAAAUUUGCCUUUUACAUUAGGAUUGCUUUAUUUGUUGACUGAAACCUGAGGCUGUAAUAUUCCAAUCACCGUUAUUAUUGGAUUCAAAUCGUAAAGCAAGGUAGAUGGUAUGUAGGGUGAGUAAAAACGGGAACACUGAAGAAUAAAUGACAACAAAUAAUGUCAAAAUAACACUUGAAAUGCUCUGAACAUCAUAGAAUGAUGACAUCCUAACAGUGUAAGAGAAUCUGUGGGGAGAUUUGUCUUUUAAAACCAGUGGCAUUUUCCUUUAAAAAAUGCUAUAUAAGGAAACACUGACUAGUUUUACUACAGUGUCAUGUCUCAAAUGGAGGUUCACCUGAUAGACCUUGAAUUAUGGCAGAAUGAACCAUUCAGAAGCUUCACCAGAUUAUUUACAUUUUAGGUUUAGCCAAGAACUUUUAUCCAAAGUGACUUAAAGUGAGUGAACAGGAAGUAGGGUUCAGAGUCAGGACACAUGACUGAUGAACACGACCCUUGACCUCUCGUUAUGGGGCGGUCGUGUUCAUUACUAGGUCAGCCUGCCAACAAUGUUGGUCCAUUUAGAAGGACAAAAAAAACAAACAAAACACUCUGUCACAGUGACAGGAAACAUAACUCAGUCAGUCACAAGACUGGCAUUACCUGAUCCUAAAUUAACCCCCCGUCCCCCCCACACACACACACACACCCACCCCACAAUUCUGCAAUGCAUAGACCUGCACACAGAUACACAUGUUCACUCAAUGGUGCAGAUAUACAGUACUAGUAAAGCCAUUGCACAGUUUGCUACUUCUGGUUCAGAUAUGGUGUUAAGAGUACAGUACUGACAGUCAUGCGAUCACAAUUGCAGGCCCCAUUCUUACAUCUUAAUAAAUGUGCCUUUUGAUUUGAGUAAUCAAUAACUUAUGAUUUUUAAGUAACUCUGUGUUAAGUACUAUUUACUUUAUGGGUUCUUGAUUUCUGCCAAUGUGCAUAUUUUCAAAUGUACGUAUUUAUUAGUUUCAAAGUAAUUAAUGAGAUAUUACCUGUUUAUUUAUUUAUUGAGAUAUUUAUUCUGAUUCUUUAUUUUUUUGAGACAGGUUUUAUCUUCCGUGCUGUCUUACUUCUGACUUUGUGCCAAUGUGCUGCUUUGAGGUGUUACAUAUCGUGGGUUUGUAUCAUUAUUAAACCCUCACUCUAUAUUUUAAA